AGCAUCGUCACCAACCACGAUCGAUGAGCGGAUGAUCUUCGUGCAAGAUGGAUGCACUUGAUAUUGAGGUGCUUCCUCCUCCAAGCUGGCUCGAUCCUUGGAGGUCUGCAGCCUUGCUCUGACAGCACAUGCUUCGCUCAUUCGGAUUCAAGGAGGGCAGGAGGUUUGUGGCGGCUCAGAAUAUGCUGCAACGGUCUUGUCCUGCAAACUUUACGUCUCUCGCAAAUCGAGCGCCUGGGGCUGAGGCGAUAUGAGCUCGUUUGGCACCAUGCUCUGCUGGCAUCAACUCUGAGGACUGAAGUUCAAGGAGUUGCGCUGGCCGAUCUCUUGAAGACGCUCGAGCCUGCUGACAGCUGGCGGUUCAUGUAUCAGUUGUCUGGCAACGGCUACACGACUGUGACAGAUAGGGAGGACAUGCAGGACGCUUUCAUCGCCGUUCGAGACAUCAAGGGAAACCUGCUGGAUCGAGACAUGGGGGGCGUGAGGAUAGUUUUUCCUGGCCUCUACAGCUGGAAAAGCGCGAAGUUUGUGACAGAGAUCUCGUUGGAUGACUGCUAUAGACCAGGGUUAUGGGAGGGGCUGGGGUUUCAUAGAAGAGGAAGAUGGGCAUGCGAACAGGAAAUCUUUCAGGGCGGGCGAGCUUCCCCGUGGCAGUUUCUCUUGGCUGCCAUGAGGAGCUGCUUCACUCUCUUCGG